UGUGCGCAGCGCUGUGCGGCGCCGGCGGCCGGCGAGGCCUGAGUUGAAGUUGGAGCUGCUGCCGCCGCCCUGCAGAUCACUCGCUGCCUAGGCAGCGCGCUGUUCUUCUAAAAUGGCUGCCGCUACCGGUGCUGUGGCAGCCUCGGCCGCCUCAGGUCAGGCGGAAGGUAAAAAGAUCACCGAUCUGCGGGUCAUCGAUCUCAAGUCCGAGCUGAAACGGCGGAACCUGGACAUCACCGGAGUCAAGACUGUGCUCGUUUCCCGACUCAAGCAGGCUAUUGAAGAGGAAGGAGGCGAUCCAGAUAAUAUUGAAUUAACUGUUUCAACUGAUACUCCAAACAAGAAACCAACCAAAGGCAAAGGUAAAAAACAGGAAGCAGAUGAGUUGAGUGGAGAUGCUUCUGUGGAAGAUGAUGCUUUUGUCAAGGACUGUGAAUUGGAGCAUCAAGAGGCACAUGAACAAGAUGGAAAUGACGAACUAAAGGACUCUGAAGAAUUUGGUGAAAAUGAAGAAGAAAAUGUGCAUUCCAAGGAGUUACUUUCUGCAGAAGAGAACAAGAGAGCUCAUGAAUUAAUAGAGGCAGAAGCAAUAGAAGAUAUAGAAAAAGAGGACAUCGAAAGUCAGGAAAUUGAAGCUCAAGAAGGUGAAGAUGAUACCUUUCUAACAGCCCAAGAUGGUGAGGAAGAAGAAAAUGAGAAAGAUAUAGCAGGUUCUGGUGAUGGUACACAAGAAGUAUCUAAACCUCUUCCUUCAGAAGGGAACCUAGCUGAGGCUGAUCACACAGCUCAUGAAGAGAUGGAAGCUAAUACGACUGUGAAAGAAGCUGAGGAUGACAACAUCUCGGUCACAAUCCAGGCUGAAGAUGCCAUCACUCUGGAUUUUGAUGGUGAUGACCUCCUAGAAACAGGUAAAAAUGUGAAAAUUACAGAUUCUGAAGCAAGUAAGCCAAAAGAUGGGCAGGACGUCAUUGCACAGAGCCCGGAGAAGGAAAGCAAGGAUUAUGAGAUGAAUGCGAACCAUAAAGAUGGUAAGAAGGAAGACUGCGUGAAGGGUGAUCCUGUCGAGAAGGAAGCCAGAGAAAGUUCUAAGAAAGCAGAAUCUGGAGACAAAGAAAAGGAUACUUUGAAGAAAGGGCCCUCGUCUACUGGGGCCUCUGGUCAAGCAAAGAGCUCUUCAAAGGAAUCUAAAGACAGCAAGACAUCAUCCAAAGAUGACAAAGGAAGUACAAGUAGUACUAGUGGUAGCAGUGGAAGCUCAACUAAAAAUAUCUGGGUUAGUGGACUUUCUUCUAAUACCAAAGCUGCUGAUUUGAAGAACCUCUUUGGCAAAUAUGGAAAGGUUCUGAGUGCAAAGGUAGUCACAAAUGCUCGAAGUCCCGGGGCCAAGUGCUAUGGCAUUGUAACUAUGUCUUCAAGCACAGAGGUGUCCAGAUGUAUUGCACAUCUUCAUCGCACUGAGCUGCAUGGACAGCUAAUUUCUGUUGAAAAAGUUAAAGGUGAUCCUUCUAAGAAAGAAUUGAAGAAAGAAAAUGAUGAAAAGAGUAGUUCAAGAAGUUCUGGAGACAAAAAAAAUAUGAGUGAUAGAAGUAGCAAGACACAAGCCUCAGUCAAAAAAGAAGAGAAGAGGUCGUCUGAGAAACCUGAAAAAAAAGAAAGCAAGGAUACUAAGAAAAUAGAAGGUAAAGAUGAGAAGAAUGAUAAUGGAUCAAGUGGCCAAACUUCAGAAUCGAUUAAAAAAAGUGAAGAAAAGAAACGAAUAAGUUCAAAGAGUCCAGGACAUAUGGUAAUACUAGACCAAACUAAAGGAGAUCAUUGUAGGCCAUCAAGAAGGGGAAGAUAUGAGAAAAUUCAUGGAAGAAGCAAGGAAAAGGAGAGAGCUAGCUUAGAUAAAAAAAGGGACAAAGACUACAGGAGGAAAGACAUCUUGCCUUUUGAAAAGAUGAAGGAACAAAGAUUGAGAGAACAUUUAGUUCGUUUUGAAAGAUUGCGACGAGCAAUGGAACUUCGAAGACGAAGAGAGAUUGCAGAAAGAGAGCGUCGAGAGCGAGAACGCAUUAGAAUAAUUCGUGAACGGGAAGAACGGGAACGCUUACAGAGAGAGAGAGAGCGCCUAGAAAUUGAAAGGCAAAAACUAGAGAGAGAGAGAAUGGAACGCGAACGCUUGGAAAGGGAACGCAUUCGUAUUGAACAGGAACGACGUAAGGAAGCUGAACGUAUUGCUCGAGAACGAGAGGAACUGAGAAGGCAACAGCAGCAGCUUCGUUAUGAACAAGAAAAAAGGAAUUCUUUGAAACGCCCACGUGAUGUAGAUCAUAGGCGAGAUGAUCCUUACUGGAGCGAGAAUAAAAAGUUGUCUCUAGAUACAGAUGCACGAUUCGGCCACGGAUCUGACUACUCUCGACAACAGAAUAGAUUUAAUGACUUUGAUCACCGAGAGAGGGGCAGGUUUCCUGAGAGUUCAUCAAUACAGUCUUCAUCUUUUGAAAGGCGAGAACGUUUUGUUGGUCACAGUGAAGGGAAAAAAACACGUCCUUCUGCACGAAGAGAAGAUCCAGGUUUUGAAAGGUAUCCCAAAAAUUUCAGUGAUUCCAGAAGAAAUGAGCCUCUACCACCAAGAAACGAACUUAGAGAAACAGACAGGCGAGAAGUACGAGGAGAACGAGAUGAGAGGAGGACAGUGAUCAUUCAUGACAGGCCUGAUAUCACUCACCCUAGACAUCCUCGAGAAGGAGGGCCCAAUCCAUCUAGACCAACCUCCUGGAAGAGUGAAGGAGGCAUGUCCACCGACAAACGAGAAGCAAGAGUUGAAAGGCCAGAAAGAUCUGGGAGAGAAGUAUCAGGGCACAGUGUGAGAGGGGCUCCCCCUGGGAAUCGCAGUAAUGCUUCAGGCUAUGGAAACAGAGAGGGAGACAGAGGAGUAAUCACAGACCGAGGAAGUGGAGCACAGGCAACUUCAUAAUUCUGUCUUCCCAAAACUUUUUAUCUUUUUGAGCAAAGAACUGUUCCAUGUGCCUUUUACAGUCUUCCAGGGACUUGAAAUUUUUCCCAUUAAGAGAAUUUUGUAAAGACCAAAAUAAGUGGAAAGCCGAAGGUGCAAUGUCUGGUGAAUAUGGUGGAUGAAUCAGAACUUCCCAGCCAAGCUGUAACAGUUUUUGCCUGGUCAUCAAAGAAACAUGCUGUCUUGCAUUAUCCUGAUGGAAGAUUCUGCGUUUUCUGUUGACUAAUCUGGAUGCUUUUCGUUGAGUGCCACGUUCAGUUGGUCUAACUGGGAGCAGUACUUGUCAGAGUUAAUUGUUUGGUUUUCUGGAAGGACUCCCUUCUAAUCCCACUAUAUACACAUCACCUUCUUUGGAUGAAGACCGGCCUUUGGUGUGGUUGGUGGUGGUUCAUUUUGCUUGCCCUACAAUCUCUUCCGUUCCACAUUGUAGUACGGUAUCCACUUUUCAUCGCCUGUCACAAUUUGUUUUAAAAAUGGAACAUUUUCGUUACGUUUCAGUAGAGAAAUGCAUGUGGAAAUACGGUCAAGAAGGGUUUUUUUCACUUAACUUACAUGGAACCCAAACGUCAAAGCGAUUCACAUAACCAAGCUGGUGCAAAUGAUUUUCAGCACUUGAUUUGGAUAUUUUGAGUAUGUCGGCUCUCUCCCACGUGGUAUAAUGUUGAUUAUUCUCAAUGUCUCGAUUUGAUUGCUGUCAACUUCACCUGGUCUACCCAACUGUGGAACAUCAUCCAGUGAGAAAUCUUCAGCACAGUACUUCCCAAACCAGCCUUUGACACGUUUGAUCAGUCACAGCAUCUUCUCCAUACACCGCGCAAAUCGUUUUUUGUGUUUCAAUUGUGUUUUUACCUUUCUUGAAAUAAUAAAGCAUAAUAUGCCAAAAAUGUGGCUUUUUUUCUUCCAUCUUCAGUAUUAAAAUGGCUACACAAAAAUUCACCAAUUUUGGGUUUUUUUUAAAUGCACGCUGAUAUGACAGCUGUCACAAUACAAUCUAACAAAAUUGUUUUGAAUGAAGAUAAAGACAACUAAGCACCACUAGAGCCAUCCUACGGGAAAACCGAACGAACCUUUUGGCCAACCCAACAUAUCUCUGUAGGGCGCCUUCAGAUUUCUGUAGGCUAACUAUCAUAACUUUUGACUCUUUUUUUUCUGCAGAUCCUUAGUUCUCUGCUUUUGUUUCUUUAUGUUCACUAUUCUUUUUUCUUCAUAGUCAUGGAUGUAAGACCUUGUAAGAGCCAUAGCACUAACUAGUACUGUGUACAGUAAGAUGACAGCUCCUGUUUCUAUGUGGUAUUUUCAUGUUGAUCAUAUACCCCACCUUGAUUUGUCUUAAGGUUUUGACCUCUCAGUAUGCCUUCUUACAUAUGUAUAGAAGAUCCAGGCAUUACAUAUAGACCCAGAAAUACUCAAGGGUCAAAAAGUACAUGGGUGCUAGAAGGUAUAGAAAUAACAGUGCUGAAUCAUAUUCUGUCCUACCUUUUCUACCCUGAAGCCUGAGAAGCUUCUUAGUUCAAAGUAGAUAGAAACCUUUUUUCAUAUUAUUCAUUCUUUCAUCUUCUCACACAUCUUACUAAUUUCCUUCUGACAUUAAAAGUAUACCAUAAGGGGCUUCCCUGGUGGCACAGUGGUUAAGAAUCCGCCUGCCAACGUAGGGGACAUGGGUUCGAGCCCUGGUCCGGGAAGAUCCCACAUGCAAUGGAACAGCUAAGCCCGUGGGCCACAACUACUGAGCCUGCACUCUAGAGCCUGUGCUCCGCAACAAGAGAAGCCACUGCAAUGAGAAGCCCACGCACCGCAAUGAAGAGUAGCCCCCGCAUGCCGCAACUAGAGAAAGCCUGCGUGCAGCAGCAAAGACCCAACACAGCCAAAAAUAAAUAAAAAUAAAAUAAAUUUAUCAAAAAAAAAGAAAGUACACCUUAAGUAAAUUGGCCUGAGGCGGAGUCUGUCCUGAUUUUUCUUUUAAUAUGUUAUUCUUUAGCACUAUCCUGAAGAACGACAUGUGGUUGACCGCCAUGGACGGGACACAAGUGGACCAAGGAAAGAA